AUGUUUGGAUACUCAUCUUGUACUGUUUCCAUUCCCACCAGACCCCUGCUGAUGCUGUGAAGCCACUGUAUCUUCAAUAUGCUAAAUUAGAGGAAGACUAUGGUCUUGCGAAGCGGGCUAUGAGGGUUUAUGAUCAAGCUACAAAAGCUGUUCCAGCAAAUGAGAAAUUGAGCAUGUACGAGAUCUAUAUAGCUCGUGCAGCUGAGAUAUUUGGUGAUCCAAGAACACGGGAGAUAUAUGAACAAGCAAUUGAGUCUGGACGUGAAAGUUAUGUGCUUAAAGUAUGCUGAACUUGAGAAGAGCCUAGGAGCGAUUGAUCGUGCUCGUGCACUGUACAAGCACUCAUCACAAUUCUCAGACCCUAGAUCUGACCCUGAUUUCUGGAACAAGUGGCAUGAGUUUGAGGUGCAGCAUGGUAACGAGGAUACCUUCCGCGAGAUACUCCGUGUGAAGAGGAGUGUAUCUGCAAGCUACAGCCAGACACAUUUUAUCCUACCGGAGUAUCUCAUGCAAAAGGAUCAGAUGCAGACCCUUGAGGAAGCAAAGGACGUUUUUGAAAAAAGCUGGUGUUGCUGAUGAUGAGAUGGCAGCUCUUGAAAGGCAGUUAGCGCCUGAAAAUGAUACAAAGAGCAAAGAACAGAGUCGGGUAGUUGGAUUUGUUAGUGCAGGAGUAGUUGAGUCAAAUGGACAGAAAGUCACUGCAAACAAUGAGGAUAUUGAGCUACCUGAGGAAAGUGAUUCUGAAGAGGAUGAUGAUAAGGUUGAAAUUGCACUGAAAGAUGCAGUGUUUGGAGGUCUAAUCCGUAAGAGGGACAACGAAGGUGAUGAAGCAGAAGACGACUCUACUGCCAAGAAUAAAGAUAGUGAUGGCCCUCUUGGUGCGCUAGAAAGAAUAAAACGAAGGAAACAACAAGCAUCUUAGAGUUUGUAUUUUUCUGCUGCAUUAAUUGGUUUGAAAUUUUUGA